GCAGGCAGACCCUUUCAAAGUCCACAGUCUUAAAAAGUCCAUUCCUGGACUUUGUUAACGCAACUUUGCCUCAGAGCUGAUCUUGCCCAGAAGGCAACUGAAUAUUCUUCAUACAUCAACUCUCCUUAGGAGAGAGUGGGAGACCCCAGUGUUUGUAACUGCACCAGACCAGGAGAAAAAUCAUGACCCAGGAGCGAUUGUGGCAGGUCCUAGACCCCUUGUGGGCUGACCCUCGCGUUCUCUCAGCCUUGUUUUGUGGGUCAGCUGCAGCCAUUGUGCUGCUGAAAUGGCUGGAUCAUAGGCGGAUCCAGCAGAAGAUGGAAGAAGCAAGAAGAACACGGGACCUGGCUCUGGAGAGAAUGGAAAAGGCAGCUCGCAGGUUUAAACAAGAGAACCCAGGCACCCAGGCUGCACACAUCCUCUCACUGACCAUGGUGGAGCUGGCGGAGAAGCUGAAGGAGGGGUCCCUGUCCCCAGAAAGCGUUCUCUACUCCUAUAUAGGCAAAGCUCUGGAGGUGAAUCAGGAGGUGAACUGUGUAAUAGACUUCAUCCAUGGCUGUGAGGAUCAGCUCCAGAAACUGAAGAAGCAGAAGGAGAAGGGGCUGCUCUAUGGCAUUCCUGUCAGCAUCAAGGACCACAUUGACUGCAAGGGUCAUGUCUCCACUGGUGGGCUGGUGAAGUUUCUGGGCCAAGUGAAGGAAGAAGACAGCGUCAUCGUCCAGGUUCUGAAGAGCCAGGGAGCAAUCCCCUUCGUGAAAACCAACAUCCCGCAGACAAUGAUAAACUACGACUGCAGCAAUCUCAUUUUUGGCCAGACGCUGAACCCCCUCAACCACCAGAAGACCCCCGGGGGCUCCUCAGGAGGGGAGGGAGCUCUGAUUGCAGGGGGAGGCUCCCUCCUGGGCAUUGGCUCAGAUGUAGCUGGCAGCAUCCGCCUGCCAUCCAGCUUCUGUGGGUUAUGUGGGCUUAAACCCACAGGCUUCAGGAUCAGCAAGUUGGGUGUGAUUUCUCCUAUCGCAGGAAUGAGCUCAGUGAUAGGGAUGCUGGGGCCAAUGGCAAGGGAUGUGGACAGCCUGGCCCUCUGCAUGAAGGCGCUGCUCUGUGAGGAGAUGUUCCGGCUGGAUCCUACUGUGCCCCCCAUCCCCUUUGAUGAGGAGGUUUACACCAGUUCAAAGCCACUUCGGAUUGGAUAUUAUGAAGAAGAUGGCUACUUCCAACCCUCACCCAGUAUGAAACGGGCCGUCCAGCAGACCAGAAAGCUCCUCCAGGAAGCAGGGCAUACAAUUGUUCCCUUUGCACCACCUAAGAUUGACUACAUGGUAGAUGAACUGUUUACCAGAGGGAUUUUCUCAGAUGGUGCUGCUCACCUGGUGGACUCUUUCAAAGGAGACAUCGUGGAUCCCAAUCUGAAGUCCCAGUUCAAUACUUACAGGCUUCCUGCUCUGGUGAAGAGGAUCCUGGCUAUCAUUUUGAAGCCUAUUUACCCACGAAUCGCUCGGGAUCUCAGUGCUCUCUGUGGAGUGGGGUCUGCCAAAAACCUCUGGGAUCAGCAUAUAGCUGUGGCGGCUUACCGCACUGAAUUCAUUGCUAAAUGGAGGAAGCAAAAACUGGAUGUGGUUCUUUGUCCUGCACUUGGUCCAGCCUUUAACCAUGGCUAUGCUGGGAAGCUGUUUGCUGCAACCUCCUAUACCAACUUAUACAAUGUCUUAAACUUCCCUGCUGGAGUGGUGCCGGUCAGCACAGUCACAAGAGCUGAUGAAGAAGAACUGAAGCAUUACCAAGGGCACUACAAGGACCCUUGGGAUAAGAGACUGAAAGAGGCUGUGGAAGGAGCCGUGGGGCUGCCUGUUGCUGUGCAAUGUGUGGCUUUGCCAUGGCAGGAGGAGCUGUGCCUUCGGUUCAUGAAAGAGGUGGAGAACCUUUCCCGUGGCAUGAGGAGAAAUGUGUGAUUUCUCAAGAUCUGCUUUGCUUAUGUUGACCUUUAAUAUCCUGCUCAUUACUCCAGUCACCUUCUACCCAGUGUGCAACACAGAUAGCAAUCUGCAGACUCCAAAUUCCAUUUCAGUAAAAUGGCAAUAAAUGCUGCUUGAAAGCAGUCGGUAAAAUCUAUUCUCUGUCCAAACUUCCUCCUUCAUUAAAGUGAGA